GGUGGCAGCUUAAAAAAAGACAUUUUAGGCGCACAAAGCAGAACAUCUGACUGUUUCCCGUGUUCACAUCGGACCACGAACAAUGUAACGUACUUCCGGUGCUUGUUUGGCUGGCAAUUUGAAAUGUGUACAAUGUAAAAUCGUGUUGUUUUCAUAGAUUUAAUGGCAAUCUUAUUAAAUGACACAUCCCAAAUCACUACCGCAAGAGUCCUAUAGUGACAUAUACGAGUUUAACGUGACUUUCUAGUCUCUAUACUAUGUUUAAAAGGAUGGCUGAAUUUGGACCAGAUUCCGGGGGUAGAGUGAAGGGUGUUACGAUCGUCAAACCCAUCGUAUUCGGAAACGUUGCUCGGUAUUUUGGAAAGAAGCGAGAGGAGGAUGGUCACACUCACCAAUGGUCUGUGUAUGUGAAACCAUACAGAAACGAGGAUAUGUCUGCAUAUGUGAAGAAAAUACAGUUCAAGCUACAUGAAAGUUAUGUGAAUCCACUCAGAGUCGUGACCAAGCCUCCGUACGAGAUCACAGAGACGGGCUGGGGAGAGUUUGAGAUCAUCAUCAAGAUAUUUUUCAUCGACCCCAAUGAGAGGCCGGUGACUCUCUACCACCUACUGAAGCUCUUCCAGUCAGACUCCAGUGCCAUGCCCAAGAAGACAGUGGUCUCUGAAUUCUAUGAUGAAAUGAUCUUCCAGGACCCCACAGCCAUGAUGCAGCAGCUCCUUAGCACCUCUAGACAACUGACCCUGGGGGCCUAUAAGCACGAGACUGAGUUUGCGGAGCUGGAGCUGCGGACGCGGGAGAAGCUGGAAGCAGCGAAGAAGAAGACCAGUCAGGAGAUCACAGACCUGAAGGAUAGACUGAAGGCCAGCAGAGAGACCAUCAACUUCCUGAAGGGAGAGAUACGCAAGCUGGAGGAGGAGGACCAGAUCAAAGACCACUGAUAUACACACACUGGGUGAAUCUCAAUUGUAUUUUCUUGAUUCCUCAUACCUUCUCUCCUUGCAUCCUUCUCAAAACUCAUUGGAACACAAGAUGUGAGGUUCCUUGCCUUGGAUCUUCUCUUCCUAUGUGUUCUGAGAAGGAGAUGAGAGAGGACACAAUGAAUCAUAGAUAUACAAUUGAGAAACACCCUAAAUUCCAAAUCAACCUAUAGGCCAUCUUCCCUAGGCACCCCUGUAGAUCUGAAGGGUUUGUAUAGGUGGAUGCAAUAUGGUACUUGUGACUCACCUUGUCUUCUGAUUUCUGAUAGGCUGGAUGGAGUUUACGCCUUUUUUCUUCCAGCUAUCCAACCCCUUCAGAGCAAAUGGAGGUGCUAGGGAGGAGGGGCUAGGGAUGGAUUUGGAAUUGCCCUCGUCUGGAAUCCACACAGAAUAUCUCCGUUUUAUGAUUGUUUAAUUCUAUAAUAUAAUAUCUGCCAUUUCUCAGAUGUUUUCAUCCAAAGUGACUUAGUCAUGCGUGCGUACAUUUGUGGUACGGGUGGUCCCUGGAAUGGACUCCACUAUCCUGGCAUUACUAGCACCAUGCUCACCCUGACAGAGGACCUCAACAUCAUUGUUAUGGAUGACGUAACAUUGCACUAACAAUAGAGAAAUGUAGAGGUAUUCAGUUUGAAUUCCAGACUUAACACUGCCUAGCAGAAUGGUUUUAUAUGAUCAUGUACAUAACAAGAAAACUGAAGAUAAUCAAUGUUAGUUUCUCUCCAUCUCAGUUCAACUCAGAUUUACCACAGAUGGCUCUCAGUGCAACAAGUCACAUUUUGGUAGACUGGUCUGAAUGUGAAUAGGUUUUGUGCUUCUGUUUUUUGAAUGUAAUUUUUAUGUAAAACUCAAACCAGUUUUUCUUUGAUUUCUCCUAUGUACAAAAUGAUUAGAACGCGACCGUAGAACUGAUGGAUGAAACAUGUGUUACAGAUGCUCUUCAGGGUUAUUUGCAGAUGAUUGUUUUGUCGAAGAUUGAUCUCUUCAACACAUCUGUAAAUCCUGGACAUGCCAUUGCCAACUAUCUCAGUAUCAAUACAUGUGUCAACCCUUUUGAUAGGAGUUCAGGUCUUGAUCACCAUUUAGAUAAAGGAUAGAGAACGGCAGCAGACAUGUUCAUUUCUGUUGGAGAGCGUUAAACUGUUGCUUUCCUUGUAAGGAGACCGGAGCGCUGUCAUGUUUAAUGGAUAUACAGCCUCUGCAUUAUCCUUCCACCACCACUAGAGAGAGGUGAUGGGCAGAUGUUUAUUGGAAGAGGGAGGUGGCAACAAUUGUUUGUAUUGGAAGAGGGAGGUGGCAACAAUUGUUUGUAUUGGAAGAGGGAGGUGGCAACAAUUGUUUGUAUUGGAAGAGGGAGGUGGCAACAAUUGUUUGUAUUGGAAGAGGGAGGUGGCAACAAUUGUUUGUAUUGGAAGAGGGAGGUGGCAACAAUUAGAAAAAACAUGUGAGUGAAGAAGGGCAGGGGCUUUUUCCAUCAACAACAUGUGAGUGAAGAAGGGCAGGGGCUUUUUGCAUCAACAACAUGUGAGUGAAGAAGGGCAGGGGCUUUUUGCAUCAACAACAUGUGAGUGAAGAAGGGCAGGGGCUUUUUGCAUCAACAACAUGUGAGUGAAGAAGGGCAGGGGCUUUUUGCAUCAACAACAUGUGAGUGAAGAAGGGCAGGGGCUUUUUGCAUCAACAACAUGUGAGUGAAGAAGGGCAGGGGCUUUUUGCAUCAACAACAUGUGAGUGAAGAAGGGCAGGGGCUUUUUGCAUCAACAACAUGUGAGUGAAGAAGGGCAGGGGCUUUUUGCAUCAACAACAUGUGAGUGAAGAAGGGCAGGGGCUUUUUCCAUCAACAACAUGUGAGUGAAGAAGGGCAGGGGCUUUUUGCAUCAACAACAUGUGAGUGAAGAAGGGCAGGGGCUUUUUCCAUCAACAACAUGUGAGUGAAGAAGGGCAGGGGCUUUUUCCAUCAACAUGUGCAUAGCAGCAUUAAUAGUGUAUUGUAUUAUUACAUAUUGAACAGCAUUCCUUAAUUCUGCAUUUCACUUCAAUUGUCAUUGUAUUUUUUUUAAUGAAAACGAAUUCCCUAGUAAAAUCUAAAUCUAAUAUA